GUGUGGUCAGGGGUGUGGUUUUUCUCUGAUCACAUUGGGGGUUCGCAAGAAUCUAGACUGUGUUCUUCUCCUAUUUACUGCCACCUGGUGACGCGGUACUAUUCCCUGUACGUACUAAGUACCCCCAGAGCCUCAGAUGGCCCACUGUCACCUCAGCCCAGCUUCUGUGCCCCUCCCUGAGGCACCCAGACUCUUUAGGUCUGUUUCUACUCCGCUAAGCUGAUGGUAAAGGGUUCAAAGCAGUGGCUUAAGAGUCUGACACAGGGGGAUUCGAGUCUCUGCUACUCCUUAUUUGCCCAUGCCCAUUUGCUUAGUUUUUGAGCCUGAGUUUCUCCAUCUAAACAAUGGGAGUGAAGACCCUGCUCUCCCAAAGGGGGCUGUAAAGAACCGCAUGGUGUUCAGAGUUGGCCGAGCCAGGCAGCACGGCAGGUUUGGGACGUGAGGAUCCGCGAACCCCUCCCCCAAAGGAGUCAUGCCAAAUAGCGGGAUGUGGGCAGAAUAUUCACAAGGCACAAGUUCACCCCCUCAGCCACGAGCCAGUAGAUCAACAAGACCAGACGGCGAAGGGAAGGAACAUGCCGUAAGUCUUACGGAUCGUCUGUACCCUUCUUAUGCCCCGUCUCUCUCUUGCCGAUUCACAAGUGGGCUGGGGACAUUAAUCGAAUGCAUGUUUGAAGGCCAAGUGCGCAUAAGCUGGAGGAACAAGGUCAAAUCUCCUCAGAGGGAAAGAGCGAGGGCUUUGGGAACCUGCUAGAUGUGCGUUAAGCCAGGCACGCGAGCUCAGGGGGGGUGACUCCACCUCUCUGUGCCUCAGCCUUCUCCAGUGUGAAACGGAGCUAAGAAUUGGCUUCCACGGGAAGUUCCUGUGAGGAAUAAACGCGCGGAUGCAGGUCAAAGGCUUAGCACUUAGGAAGUACUCCGAAGAUGCUAACCGAAACAACGCUCGCCACGGUGUUGAUGUUUUAACUUAGAAUCCGCGAGCAGCGUCAAGGUCAGGGAUGCUCCCUGGUCCACUUCUGCUUUGAGUUGUAGGUAGCCGCUCUCCUCUCCUCUGUGGCUGGAAGAAGAACCUCCCUCCCUGGCUGUCCCUUCCGUGCGGGCCUCGGCGUCUGGACUGUCUAGACAGAGCUGCCAUUUCCACCGGGAGGUCUGAGAACCCCUCCCCUACCUCUCUCUCUCUCUGCAGUCUGCUGGCCACAGGGCAUCUGCACAGGCUGGGACCGCCGGCUAGGCCAGGAGCCCCGGCAGCUGUGGACUCCCUAGCUCAGAGCAGCCCCUCUUUGACCCCGCAUGGUGGAGAAGCAGCCCCAUGAAGGUGCCCAGCCAUGCAAUGUUCCUGGAAGGCUGUCCUCCUCCUUGCCCUGGCCUCAAUCGCCAUCCAGUACACGGCCAUCCGCACCUUCACCGCCAAGUCCUUCCACACCUGCCCGGGGCUGGCAGAGGCAGGGCUGGCCGAGCGGCUGUGCGAGGAGGGCCCCACCUUUGCCUACAACCUCUCCCGCAAGACCCACAUCCUCAUUCUGGCCACGACACGCAGCGGCUCCUCCUUCGUGGGCCAGCUCUUCAACCAGCACCUGGACGUCUUCUACCUGUUCGAGCCCCUCUACCACGUGCAGAACACGCUCAUCCCCCGCUUCACCCAGGGCAAGAGCCCCGCGGACCGGCGGGUCAUGCUGGGCGCCAGCCGCGACCUCCUGAGGAGCCUCUAUGACUGUGACCUCUACUUCCUGGAGAACUACAUCAAGCCGCCGCCCGUCAACCACACCACCGACAGGAUCUUCCGCCGCGGGGCCAGCAGGGUGCUGUGCUCUCGCCCCGUGUGCGACCCCCCGGGCUCCGCCGACCUGGUGCUGGAGGAGGGGGACUGCGUGCGCAAGUGCGGCGUGCUGAACUUGACGGUGGCCGCCGAGGCCUGUCGGGAGCGCAGCCACGUGGCCAUCAAGACCGUGCGGGUGCCCGAGGUCAACGACCUUCGGGCCCUGGUUGAGGACCCCCGGUUGAACCUCAAGGUCAUCCAGCUGGUCCGGGACCCGCGUGGCAUUCUGGCCUCCCGCAGCGAGACCUUCCGCGACACGUACCGGCUCUGGCGCCUCUGGUACGGCACCGGGAGGAAGCCCUACAACCUGGACGUGACGCAGCUGACCACGGUGUGCGAGGACUUCUCCAACUCCGUGUCCACCGGCCUCAUGCGGCCCGCGUGGCUCAAGGGCAAGUACAUGUUGGUGCGCUACGAGGACCUGGCCAGGAACCCCAUGAAGAAGACCGAGGAGAUCUACGGCUUCCUGGGGAUCCCCUUGGACAGCCACGUGGCCCGCUGGAUCCAGAACAACACGCGGGGCGACCCCGCCUUGGGCAAGCACAAGUACGGCACCGUGCGAAACUCGGCGGCCACGGCCGAGAAGUGGCGCUUCCGCCUCUCCUACGACAUCGUGGCCUUUGCCCAGAAUGCCUGCCAGCGGGUGCUGGCGCAGCUGGGCUACAAGAUGGCCACGUCGGAGGAGGAGCUCAAGAACCCCUCCAUCAGUCUGGUGGAGGAGCGGGACUUCCGCCCUUUCUCGUGACGAGGGUGCCGUGGGUGGGGGUGAGGGGCACGUGGUGUCGGUUUUGAUAAAAUGGACCGUUUCUAACUGUUGCCUUAUUUCCCCCUCCCGCCCCCACCCUGCCUUUGUGUCUGUCCUUCCUGUCCCCUGCCCACCCUCCACUUCCUUCUGCCCCCUUUUCGUCUCUGAAAUUUGCACUAUGUCUUGGACAGGAAUCACUGGGGCAGAGGGGACGUGAAGUGGGGUGAGCCCCCACCCCGCCCCAUUCAGACACACGGAUGCUGGGUCUCUGCGUGGAUGGUGACAAUGUUUACAAGCACCACACACACACACACACACACACACACACACACACACGGGCGCCCACGAGGAGAGAUACGUGCCCCAAACCACAGAACUUCGGAAGCUUCUCCAACGGACGAGUGGUCAGGGUAUGGUGGUUUUUGAACUGUCUUACUUCCACAAGGUAAGAGGUUAAAAACAAAAAAGGCCACCUCUCUCUAACUUAUGAAUGGUGUCUAAUCCCUCCCCACCCUGCUGCCUGCCCCCAAUGCCCGCUGCCCCCCUUGGAGCAGAGAAACUGCCCCCUCCUGCCCGCCCUUGCCUGUCGGUGAGCAGGUUUUUACUGUGAGGUGAAUGUGGAACUUGUUUAUUAUUUUCCAGUCUGUGGCGAUGCUGUCUGUCUGUCUGUCUGAGUCUCGUGGCUGCCCCUGGACCAGUGACGGCUGAUAAAUCUUAGGGGUUUCUGAUUGAUCUUGGGGUCCAUCAGUGAUGUUUCUUUGUGCCAAAAAGAAAAAAAAAAAAAGAGUGGAUCAGUUUGCUAAAUGAACAUUGAAAUGCUUUAUCUGUGUUUUCUGUAAAUAAAAGUGUGCAAUAAUA